AUGUUGGCCAAUCAGGGCAACUUUCCUGCGAUUGUGAAACUAAAUGUUGGCGGUCAGCAUUUCACCACAAGCCUGCAAACGCUAGCAAGAGAUCCCACCUCGAUGCUGGCAGCCAUGUUUUCAGGCAGGCAUGAGGUACAGACUACAGAAGAUGGUUCGUUCUUUAUCGACCGAGAUGGUACUUACUUCCGCUUUAUAUUGAACUAUCUUCGUGACGGAGAACUAAUCUUGCCAGAGGGUGCUACAUUCCUCGCGGAGCUUGAAGCAGAAGCUAGGUUUUACCAAGUGCAAGGAAUAUUGAAUGAGUUAAGGACUAUAAAAGCAUCAAACGUUUUUGAGGAGUCGGUAAUUUUGAGGAACGAAGAGCAUCGGAGAGUUUUGAAAGACUGUUUACCUUUGGCAGGCGAAUGGCGUUUGCUGUUCAGAGCUUCACGAGAUGGCUUUGCAGCUUCCAUUUUUCAUUCCAAAUGUGACCAUAAAGGACCUACAAUCACUGUUGUGAAGAGCGGAGGGAGCAUUUUUGGAGGCUUCACCGAGAACCCCUGGAAAAGUAAGAUUGUGAAUUGAUGUUUAUAUUGCUAACGAGGCUAACACCUUGAUACAAUAUAAUGAAGUAUCAACUUAUCAGUAAAUGUAAUGAACUGUUUUGCCUAUAACUAUAUGAGAGUAUACUGAUAAAUAUUUUUUAUAUCAUUGCCGGAGUUUCUCUCUUCUCCUUUCUUCUCUUAAUAGUCACGCCAUACGACGUCAUAGGUACCUUCGGAUCACCAUAAUAAUUUUGCAAGUCUGAGAUUUGUCGAAAUAUUAAUAAAACGUGAUGAAAAAGCCGGCCUGAGUACAGUUGUGAGUAUUGGCCAUGCAGUCGAAAUAUCGUAAUUCACAUCUUUUAGAUCUUUUCACGUCGGUGUUUAAUCCGAGUCCGUGCAGAGUUAUUUUCAUCACUGUAUUUUUACAAAUUUUAUCUGAUCAAGACCUAUUUUGACCGCUCACUGUUCUUGCUGAGGUUCUAGACCUUUUAAAAAAGGUGAUUUGAUAAAUGCAAAUUUUACAAUGACAUCACUUUACAGAGACACUUAAAAAUUCGUAGACAUUAAAAACACUGUAUAUAUUUAUGACAAAAUUCAGUUUCAUAUAUAUAACCGUGCAUACCGCCUAGGAAAAAGAGUAUGUAAAUUUACGGGACCUAUGUAGGUCCCGUAUCCUUACUCUUUUUACUAAAGUCAACAAAAUCUUUUACUGGGAAGUGAAAUAAAAGAUUUUUUUCUUCACGUAAUGCUGUUUUUAAAGCGCUUUGUUAACCUCUUGUGUACAAUUUAAAACCGUCAUUGAGAAAAAAGAAGAAAAACAAACAUUUCCAGUGGAUAUUGAGGUAAAAUAACGAUUGCAUGCAAACUUUAUUUCGACGAAAGUCGACGGACUUAUGAUGAGUUACACUCAAUGUUUUACUCGCAGUGAAGGAUCAUAAGUAGCGUUCAAACGCUUAACAUCAAUCUUAUUUACUGAAUGUUCUGAAAAUAGUUAAAGAAUAUCAUCAGCUUAAAUGAGGGGCACAUUAAGGGGUACCCAAUAUCGCAAUACCGCACGAAAAAUUGGCAAAUACCGAAAUACCGUGUCGAAAAUCGACCAAAUACCAAUAACGCAUUUAUGAUCGGUGACGCUUACUUUACGUUGUAUCCAUCUCGCGUGUUUUUUUUUUAAUAUCUCAAGCACGUAUACACCAGAAAUCAACCUCAACCUUCGCAAAAAAACGUGAGAAUUGAUCAGUACAACGAUCGAAAACUAAGCCAGGUCAUUAAAUGUCCUACAAAUUUCAUCAUAGGCAGAGUAACUGUCAGAAAUUGUGUACUCAUUUACCGUUAAGUCUAAAGUCUUCCAAAUAUUGAAAUACAGUAGACACAGAGGCCAAAUGAACAGUAGCGCAAUAUCGUGAAGGAUCUUCUUUUACCGAAUACCGUCAGCCAGAAGGGUGAAAAACCGCAUACCGCAGGGCUCAUGAUACUGCAAUACCGCACAUUAAACUCAAAAUUUUCGAAAUACCGUUUGAAAAAAAGCUCAAUACCGCAAUACCGUAAACCCCCAUGUCCCCCUCUUAAAUGGAUUGAAAAAAUUUGAAAAAAAAAAACAACAAUCGCACAAAUUCCUCGCGUUAUGGUUGAUCCUCUUCAGUUUCAUUGCUAUCGUCUUGUUGGUACAUUUCAUAGUAAGAAUGGAGUAAAAGUUUUUCCUCCAUGACGUAAAAAAGAGAAUGGUGACUUUAUUCGGUUCCUUUUUUCUAUCUCCUACACUGACAUUUAAAUUGAAAAUACAAACAUGGUGGGAGGUUCGUAAUCACUUAGUAGCAGCCGGGUUCCCACCAAGAACCAAGGAGCAACUUAGAAAUGGGAGGACUUGUCGUUGGCCGCGGCCAGUAAGACCAAACACGCCAAACGAAAGUAGACUGGGGAGGGUGCUAUAGAGUGGACUGACGUAGACGAACUUAUCACCGACAUACUCGGAAAAGGAAAUCCCUCCCUUCGAUGGCUCAUUUCAUAUUUCCUUUGAAACUAAUUGAUCUUCGGUAGCAUCCCCUUCCUUUGCUCUCAAAAUCACUUGGAUGGUCACGAUGACGUCAAGAACACGUUUUCGCUAUGUUGUGUUGUUAGUAGUUAUAUCUGCUAUCGAUCAGCCGUUAAGAUUAUAAAAACAAAAUAUAAGCGUGCAAAGAAAUGUAACAAAAAGUGUGAAUGUUGUUUUGCUGAUUAAACUUAGUGAUUUAUUGACAUUCCCGUUGCCGUCUCUGUCUUGGUAUUGAUGUCACGUGUCUUGUUAUUUACAGGUCAAGGUGGUUACAUACCAUGCAAAAAGGCUUUUCUGUUCACACCUAGUCAACCCGUUUCGUCUGGGACCGGCCAAAAUGCCAGUUAUUCUUCAGAUGAAACAGUGUGCAAUGAGAUGUAA